UUGAGAGAAGUAAAAAGUUGAAAACAGAAAACUUGUUUAAUGAAAUUAUACUCUUUUUUUUUUUUACAUUUAUUAAACUUGUUUAAUAAAAUUGUACUCUUUUUUUUUUUUUGUCACAUUUAUUUGUAAGCAAAAGUUUCCUCUUCAAGAAAAACCCCAGUAAAGGGGGAAGCAAAUAAGCUGACCAUGAUGGAACAGGAUCUCUUUCUCAAGGCUUCAACUGACGCCAUUAAUCCAUUUCUUCCUUCACCAUUUCUCCACUCAAAAAAGAAAACCAAAAUCAAUGUAAUGCGGCAAUGUAUUCUCUGAAUCUAACUAAGACCCGAGGAAUCUCAAAUUCUUAAAUCUCCUUUCACUCUAAAACAAAAGCAAAAAUGGAGAGUUUCAGCGCCGAAGAUCUGUCAACAAUAGGCGGCAUAGCCACCGUUUCUCUUCUUCAUUCCUUCAUUCCCACCCAUUGGCUUCCCUUCUCCAUCGUCGGACGUGCCCAAAAAUGGACCCUUUCUCGUACCCUUUUAGUCACCGCAUUCGGAGCAGUUUUGCAUGUAAUAUCUACUUCACUUCUUGGUAUAACAGCAAUCACUAUGGCGAACACGAUUGCCGGUGAAGAAACAGUGCAUAAACUUGCUUCACUUUUGCUCAUAGUUCUUGGUGGUAGCUAUAUAUUGUUGUUUUUGUCUGGAAAGGGUGGUCACAGUCAUUCUCAUAACCAACCCAUGGAGAAUAUGGCUGUCGCCGGACUUGUCCUUGUUCCGGCAUUGUCUCCUUGCGCUACCACUCUUCCUGUGUUUCUAGCUGCUGGAAAUUCGUCUUCCAUGAUGGUACUUGCAAUUAUAGUGCUGCUAUUCAGCACUAUAGCAGUGAUGACCUCCCUGGUGGCUUUAUCAUUCUAUGGUGCUAGCCAGCUCAAGUUUCAUUGGAUGGAGCGAUAUGACAAAGUUCUUGUGGGUUUAGUGCUAUGCUUGGUAGGGAUCUUAACACUCAUUUUUCACGAUCACGAUGGAGAUGAAGGUUUGCAUGGACAGCAAAUGCAUAGGAAAAUCAUUGGUCUUUGAGGACUGCAACAUCCUGCAAGCCUAUGUAUUUGUAAGGGGAUGCCAUCAUCCAAUUUAAUACUACUGUCUACUAGGUAUAAAACUGCUCGGUGUGCCGAAAGUGGAUUACAAGAUUGUUUAAUUUGUUCUUGUUAGUCUAUGUGUGUGUAUAUGUUAUGGUCACUUUGCCAUCAAUGGUCAAGGUUGUUUUGUUCUUAUUGGUUGCAUCUCUAGGCUGCUACUGGUCUGCUCAUUGUUUUUGGUCAAGACAUGGGAGAGGGGGAGUUGAGCCCUAACUUGCUAACUGUUUCUGAAAUGAUUUAUGUAAUCUCUAAAUCACCUCACUUUAUAUGUGAAUUUUUUGGGCAAGACUUAUAGUGAAAUUUUCAAGAUUUGAUAAGCUUGUUGAUAAUUGAUAUUGUCCUGGCUUUGAAUUACUUCUUUGGUUUGGACUUCCUUAAUCUCCCCUUUUCCUCUUGGACAACUGGAAUCUGACCUCCAUGCAUCAAGUAAAAUACAGCUAUCAAGUUUCAAUAAUCAUCAAAGCAAUUAGUACCAAAUCGAUGUAAUUUUACAAAUUUCUAUAGUUUUUCUUUACAUAGAAAAUUGUUUGUGUGAUU